AUGUCCAAGGUCGUGCGGAGCGUCAAGAACGUCACCAAGGGGUACUCGUCGGUACAGGUUAAAGUGCGAAAUGCGACGAGUAAUGAUCCAUGGGGGCCCACGGGCACCGACAUGGCGGAGAUUGCGUCCAUGACAUUCGGCAGCCCUACCGAUUUCUACGAGAUCAUGGAUAUGCUGGAUAAGCGGUUGAAUGAUAAGGGCAAGAACUGGCGACACGUGCUCAAAUCGUUAAAGGUCCUGGAUUACUGUCUGCACGAGGGUUCCGAGUUGGUCGUCACAUGGGCCCGGAAGAAUGUCUAUAUUAUCAAAACCUUGCGCGAGUUCCAGUACGUCGACGAGGACAGCCGUGAUGUCGGCCAGAAUGUUCGCGUCGCCGCGAGGGAACUUACUACCCUCAUUCUGGACGAAGACAGACUGCGCAGCGAACGAUCCGACCGUAAACUAUGGAAGACGCGUGUGAGCGGACUGGACGAAGGCCACGGUGGCUUCGGCAACGAUCCCCCCCAUCGUUCGGACCGGCGCGACCGCCGACGCCACAACAACGACGAAGAGGAUGUUGAGUAUCGCUUGGCGAUAGAAGCCAGCAAACACGAAGCCGAAGAGGAGCGUAAGCGACGGGACAAGGCCGCCAUGUCGCAGGAUGACGAAGAUCUGGCCAAGGCGAUCAGGCUGAGCAGGGAGGAAGAAGAACUGCGCAAGCGCGAGCUGGAGGAGAGCAACGCCAAGUCGCUCUUCGAUGAAGCGCCCGCCCAGCCCGCCCAGCCCACGGGAUACAAUCAGGGCUACCAGCAGCAAAGCGCCGUCGACUGGUUCGGCAACCCGAUUAACCCGCAGCAGCCACUGACCACCGGCUACCUGAACAACCAGUAUGCGCAGGCGACCGGUUUCCAGCAACAGGCAACCGGCAUGCCCAACAGCUACGCGAACGGCUUCCAGCAGCAGCCGCAGCAGCAGCAGCAGACCGCGUUCGAUCAGUCUCAGUACGGCCAGUACCAGACCAAUAACUUCUUGCAACCUCAGGCGACUCUGCAGCCCCAACAGACCGCUUUCAUUGCCAACAACCCGUAUGGAACGGACGCCUACUCGCAGCAGCAGCAACAGCAGCACCAGCUACAGCUACCUCAGGAGAAUUUUCAAUCGGCAGGUAGCAACAAUCCAUGGGCUGCCAACCAUCAACAAGAUCCUCUCAGGCCCAUGCCCACCGGAUCUAACAACCCCUUUGCGGCUCGUGGCUCAGGUCAACAACAGCAGCAACAGCAACAGCACUCGAUCGGUCUGCAGAGUAACCCGUACCAGACGACCAUUCCAACCCUCAACAGUCUGGCCGAGGAGCGCGCAACCAACCAGUUCACCUCGCCGAACCCGAUCGCCAACUUCCAGGCUCCGGCGCCGCCGAAGAGCACCCCCCCACAAAUGCAGGACCCGCACCACGCCCGUCUCAACGCCCUCCUGGCAAGCGGAGAGGGUCAAGACACCUUUGGCAACGUCGGAGACCUGCGCAUCCCCGCGCAACACACUGCCCCGGGGACAUUCGUCAACUCUGCCGGCCAAGGUCUGGACCGCCUCCACUCCACGCAGACUGGCAAUCCUUUCUUCCGCCAACAGUAUACUGGCGUGCCGCAACAGACCGCAAACCCGUGGAACUCGCAGCAGUCCUAUCAACAACCGCAGCAUGGUGGCAGCCUGAUUGACUUGUAA